AGGAGGAGGAGGAGGAGGAGAGGGAGGCCAGAGCCGGAGCAGCCCGGCAGCCCGGCAGCCCGAGCAUCGGGGGAGAACGGCCUGAGCCCGGAGCAAGUUGCCUCGGGAGCCCUAAUCCUCUCCCGCGGGCUCGCCGAGCGGUCAGUGGCGCACAGCGGCGGCGAGGCUGAAAUAUGAUAAUCAGGACAGCUGCGCCGCGCGCCCUGCAGCCAAUGGGCGCGGCGCUCGCCUGACGUCCCCGCGCGCUGCGUCAGACCAAUGGCGAUGGAGCUGAGUUGGAGCAGAGAAGUUUGAGUAAGAGAUAAGGAAGAGAGGUGCCCGAGCCGCGCCGAGUCCGCCGCCGCCGCAGCGCCUCCGCUUCGCCAACUCCGCCGGCUUAAAUUGGACUCCCAGAUCCGCGAGGGCGCGGCGCAGCCGAGCAGCGGCUCUUUCGGCUUUGGCAACCCCAGGGGCCACUAUUUCCCACUUAGCCACAGCUCCAGCAUCCUCUCUGUGGGCUGUUCACCAACUGUACAACCACCAUUUCACUGUGGACAUUACUCCCUCUCACAGAUAUGGGAGACAUGGGAGAUCCACCAAAAAAAAAACGUCUGAUUUCCCUAUGUGUUGGUUGCGGCAAUCAGAUUCACGAUCAGUAUAUUCUGAGGGUUUCUCCGGAUUUGGAAUGGCAUGCGGCAUGUUUGAAAUGUGCGGAGUGUAAUCAGUAUUUGGACGAGAGCUGUACAUGCUUUGUUAGGGAUGGGAAAACCUACUGUAAAAGAGAUUAUAUCAGGUUGUACGGGAUCAAAUGCGCCAAGUGCAGCAUCGGCUUCAGCAAGAACGACUUCGUGAUGCGUGCCCGCUCCAAGGUGUAUCACAUCGAGUGUUUCCGCUGUGUGGCCUGCAGCCGCCAGCUCAUCCCUGGGGACGAAUUUGCGCUUCGGGAGGACGGUCUCUUCUGCCGAGCAGACCACGAUGUGGUGGAGAGGGCCAGUCUGGGCGCUGGCGACCCGCUCAGUCCCCUGCAUCCAGCGCGGCCACUGCAAAUGGCAGCGGAGCCCAUCUCCGCCAGGCAGCCGGCCCUGCGGCCCCACGUCCACAAGCAGCCGGAGAAGACCACCCGCGUGCGGACUGUGCUGAAUGAGAAGCAGCUGCACACCUUGCGGACCUGCUACGCCGCAAACCCGCGGCCGGAUGCGCUCAUGAAGGAGCAACUGGUAGAGAUGACGGGCCUCAGUCCCCGUGUGAUCCGGGUCUGGUUUCAAAACAAGCGGUGCAAGGACAAGAAGCGAAGCAUCAUGAUGAAGCAACUCCAGCAGCAGCAGCCCAAUGACAAAACUAAUAUCCAGGGGAUGACAGGAACUCCCAUGGUGGCUGCCAGUCCAGAGAGACACGACGGUGGCUUACAGGCUAACCCAGUGGAGGUACAAAGUUACCAGCCACCUUGGAAAGUACUGAGCGACUUCGCCUUGCAGAGUGACAUAGAUCAGCCUGCUUUUCAGCAACUGGUCAAUUUUUCAGAAGGAGGACCGGGUUCUAAUUCCACUGGCAGUGAAGUAGCAUCAAUGUCCUCUCAGCUUCCAGAUACACCUAACAGCAUGGUAGCCAGUCCUAUUGAGGCAUGAGGAACAUUCAUUCUGUAUUUUUUUUUUCCCUGUUGGAGAAAGUGGGAAAUUAUAAUGUUGAACUCUGAAACAAAAGUAUUUAACGACCCAGUCAAUGAAAACUGAAUCAAGAAAUGAAUGCUCCAUGAAAUGCACGAAGUCUGUUUUAAUGACAAGGUGAUAUGGUAGCAACACUGUGAAGACAAUCAUGGGAUUUUACUAGAAUUAAACAACAAACAAAAGGCAAAACCCAGUAUAUGCUAUUCAAUGAUCUUAGAAGGACUGAAAAAAAAGACGUUUUUAAAACGUAGAGGAUUUAUAUUCAAGGAUCUCAAAAAAAGCAUUUUCAUUUCACUGCACAUCUAGAGAAAAACAAAAAUAGAAAAUUUUCUAGUCCAUCCUAAUCUGAAUGGUGCUGUUUCUAUAUUGGUCAUUGCCUUGCCAAACAGGAGCUCCAGCAAAAAAAGCGCAGGAAGAGAGACUGGCCUCCUUGGCUGAAAGAGUCCUUUCAGGAAGGUGGAGCUGCAUUGGUUUGAUAUGUUUAAAGUUGACUUUAACAAGGGGUUAAUUGAAAUCCUGGGUCUCUUGGCCUGUCCUGUAGCUGGUUUAUUUUUUACUUUGCCCCCUCCCCCCUUUUUUUGAGAUCCAUCCUUUAUCAAGAAGUCUGAAGCGACUUUAAAGGUUUUUGAAUUCAGAUUUAAAAACCAACUUAUAAAGCAUUGCAACAAGGUUACCUCUAUUUUGCCACAAGCGUCUCGGGAUUGUGUUUGACUUGUGUCUGUCCAAGAACUUUUCCCCCAAAGAUGUGUAUAGUUAUUGGUUAAAAUGACUGUUUUCUCUCUCUAUGGAAAUAAAAAGGAAAAAAAAGGAAACUUUUUUUGUUUGCUCUUGCAUUGCAAAAAUUAUAAAGUAAUUUAUUAUUUAUUGUCGGAAGACUUGCCACUUUUCAUGUCAUUUGACAUUUUUUGUUUGCUGAAGUAAAAAAAAAAGAUAAAGGUUGUAUGGUGGUCUUUGAAUUAUAUGUCUAAUGCUAUGUGUUUUGUCUUUUUCUUAAAUAUUAUGUGAAAUCAAAGCGCCAUAUGUAGAAUUAUAUCUUCAGGACUAUUUCACUAAUAAACAUUUGGCAUAGAUAAAUAAAUAAA